UGCAUUCGAGCACAUCUUGCAGUUCAUAACACAUGUAAAUUAGUUGUGUACAUAUUUUUGACCAGCUUUCGAAAUCGGCAUUGUUUUCACGGUUGUUUUAUCUUGUCAAAUAUGUAGAGAGGGUGUGUACGGAACCAAGGAAGGAAGCCUGAAAAAAGAAAUUGUGUUUAAUAGGGGCGAAGAGGAGGAUUCAGUGAUAUGACUUCCCUGAUCGAACGCGAACAAGCAAGUAUAAAGAGCCCCAGAAGUCCUGGUCGACCGAGUAGUGGCCAGUUUAGCUUCAAGGGAUCUCUAUACGUGGCUCACAAUGAGAAAGAUUGGAUCGAAAUUCAGAAGAACACGUUCACAAAUUGGUGCAACGUUCAAAUUCAACCGUACGGUGUACAAAUUACGAGUGAUCUAGCUGAGGCGUUCCAAGAUGGACUUUCACUUGUGUACCUGGUUGAAUCGAUUUCCACGAAGAAAGUUGGUCGAUACAACAAGAACCCGAGGCUGUACGCACAGAAACUUGAAAAUAUCACCAGCGCUUUGAAGUUACUACAGAGCGACGGGAUAAAGUUAGUCAACAUUGGGAACGAGGACAUUGCCAAUGGGAACGUGAAGCUAAUUUUAGGUCUAAUAUGGAGGUUAAUCCUUCACUAUCAGAUCAGUUCAAGUGGCAGCGCCUCAGGCAAGCAGCUGCUGUUGUUAUGGUUGAAAAAUGCAAUCCCUGACAUGGUAAUCCGGAAUGUGACAACGGACUGGAACGAUGGUAGAGCUCUGAGCGCCCUCAACGAGUUCUGCCAACCAGGUCUGUGUCCAAACUAUAAGAGUCUAAACCCAGAGGCAAAACUGUCGAACACGAGCGAUGCCAUGAAUGCUGCUGAGAAAAACUUCGGCAUCCCGAAAGUUCUUUCUCCGGAAUUCUUCGUCAGUCCGUAUGUCGACGAAUUGAGUAUGAUGACGUAUUUGUCGUAUUAUACACAACCGGGCUCCAUCGGAGAAAAACGAACACUGCAAUUUAUCAAUGAUUCGGCACCAGGCUUGAACGUGCGUAAUUUCAACACCGAUUGGAAUGAUGGAAAGAAAUUAUUGCAGUUUCUUGAAGCUCAGUGCCCUGGAAUUGUUCCAGGGUACGAAAAUAUUGAUCGGAAUAGUCCGUUAGAAAACGCUAAGCUAGGGCUGGAUAUCGCGGAGGAGAAAUUCGGAGUAAGGAAAGUUUUAACCCCGGAGGAACUUGUCAGUCCCGAUGUGGACGAGCUCAGCGUCAUGGCGUAUAUGUUGCAAUUUCGUACAGCUGAUAAACUGCAAAGUCAUGCGCACAUCUUCAAGGCGGACGGCAACGGAAUUAAGCGGGGAGUUCGCGGGAAAACUUCUGAGUUUUUUAUAUACGGUCGCAAAGAUAUCGGUUUUGAUGGGGUACGUGUCCAUAUCCGAGGUCCGGACGGGGAGGAUUCCGUGCCAGUAGAAACACAAGUUGAAGCAGACGGCUCUCUCAGGUGCAAAUUUGUUCCCUUUGAAAGCGGCAUUCACACGAUCUCUGUAAAGCACUACGGUAAAGAAGUCCCUAAGGGCCCCUUUCAAGUGAUGGUGCAUGAGAACGUGGCAGAUGUUACGGUUUCUGGCGUAGGGAUCAAGAAUGCUGUCGUCUUCAAACCGGCAGAGUUCAUUGUUCAAACCAACGACGAGAAUUCCCCCCCGGUCUCGGCGGUAGUAGAAGGACCGACCAAAACAGCGAACUGCAAUAUGGAACCUCUUGGAAAUGGAAAGUGGCGGGGAUAUUUUGUACCGCGGGAAGUGGGAGAGCACAAGAUUCGCAUUGAGGUCGGAGACACACCCCUGCUCGGAAGUCCCUUUACAACGAAAGUAGGAGAUCCAACCAAGUGCAAUGUAGCUGGGAGCGAAACUGCUCGCAACCCGACCAUAGGACGUCCCUCCUCCUUCGAUGUUGAUACUUCCGGGGCGGGACUGGGGGAACUGGCUAUCCAAUGCCGAGGCCCCGUAGGGAAUGUCCCUGUCGACGUGAAACCCACUGCACCCGGACGAUACAACGUAUCGUUUACUCCUAACAAGCCCGGGGAAUAUAAUAUUCACUUCGUAUUCAACGGGGAUGACAUACCGGGAAGUCCAGUCAAGACGAUAGUGAGUGAUCCCAGCCGGAUUGUAGCUCACGGAGAUGGUUUGCAUCAGGUUACUACAGAUUCUGAAGCAGAAUUCUUCAUUACACUUCAUGGCGCUGGUGAUGGAGAACUGAAAGUGUAUGGCGAGGCUCCAUAUGGGCACUUUCCUGUGGAUCUGCUACAGUCUCCUAAUGAAAAGGACACCUACAUUGUGCGGUACACUCCUCAGGGGGUGGGUCUGCACAAAAUCCAUAUCAACUUUGCUGGGGAACCAGUUCAGGGCAGCCCGUACAUAGUGAAGGUGGCGGACCCCAGACAAGUGACUUUGAAUACACGUGAGUUGGAGCGCGAACCAAAGCGCUUUACUGUCCGUCACGAGGUGGACAUACCUGUGCAGGUGCCUAGCUCUGCUGGAGAGGGCCAACUGGAGGCUGCUGUUGUGGGCCCCGACCAGGAAAGUGUUCCCUCUAGUGUGACAAAGGAUGACGAUGGAUAUUAUCAUAUCCGGUUUGUACCUCGUCAAACUGGAGAACACAGAGUGAUGGUCAUGUAUGGUGGCAAGGAAGUGUCAAGUAGCCCUUAUGUCAUCCGUAUACGAGAUGCCACCAGUAUGAAGGUCAAGGUCACCGAGAUGGAGCAGAUGAGAACUGGUUACUCAGCGCAAAAAGAGGUUGAUGUUCCUAUCGAAGUUCCAGAAGAAGUUGAUGAGAUUUCCGCCACCGUCCAAGACGAGGAUGGCAAACCUAUAAAGUCAACGUUGACCUUUGAACCAGACGGCUUAUACCACGUGAGAUUUGUUCCGCACAAACCCGGUCGUUACACUGUAGAUGUGCGCUGUGGAGGACAGUCCAUAGAGAACAGCCCCUUCGUAAUGAAAAUCUCAGAAGCGGAGACAGUGUCGGUAAAACUGAAAGAGUUUGAAAAACAGGAGGGAGUUAGCUAUCACGUGGGGUACGAGGUAGACGUGCCCAUGGAGAUACCAUCCGAAGUAGAUGAAGUGUCAGCUGUGAUUUAUGACCCGGAUGGAAAUAUUGACAAGUCAACUUUCAAGAAGGAAUCUGAUGGUCUUCACCAUUUGAGGUUUACUCCCAAAAAGAUUGGACAGUACAAGGUGGAUAUUCGCUGUGGUGGACGCUCAGUGGAAAACAGCCCAUUCCCCUUGAACGUGGCCCAGCCAAAAACGGCCGUUGUUCGUUUACGCCAACCAGAGGAGUCUGAAAACAAGUAUUUAGUUCGCCGUGAACUUGACAUAGCACUUGACGCGGCAGAAGGUACCAGGAACCUGUCUUCAUAUGUAGACGGACCCGAUGAGGAGAAUGUUCCAGCAUCUUUUGAUAAAGGAGACGAUGGCUUGUACCAUGUUAAGUUUGUACCUUACAAGCCUGGAACCUACAAGGUUCAUGUUAAGAGUAACGGCACUCCAGUAGCCAGUAGUCCAUUCCUAAUCAAGGUCGGCGACCCAGGCAAGGUCCAAGUUGCGCAUGUCCGUAGUGAGGAACUGUAUGCAGAGCGAGUCAUUAAGAACGAAGUGGAUUUAGCCGUGGAAAGUUCAUAUGACAUGACUGAUGAAGAUUUCUCCGCCAGAGUCACAGGCCCCGAUGGAGAAAAUGUCCCCUGUCACGUGAACAAGGGGCCUGACAAUCGGCAUCACGUUAGGUUUACUCCUCAUAAGGCUGGUCCAUAUAAGGUGGACGUUCGUUACCGGGGCGAGCCCGUACAAGGCUCUCCUUUCACUGUCAACGUCACGGAUCAGGGACAGGGGGGCCCAGUAGUGAAUUUCAACGAAUCCGAUCGAUUUUUCGAGAACCGCGAGGCAGACAUCCCCAUUAUGAUCCCAGAGGGUUCAUCAGCAGAUUACCUCAAGUGCCGCGUUACUGAUCCAGAGAUGGAGUUACUUGAUUACGAGCUGACCUACGACCGAGGCUCCAACUUAUAUCACGUGCGAUUUGUACCGAAGAGACCUGGGCGCCACAGAGUAGACGUGGAAUACGAUGGUGUUCCUGUGGAUGGUUCGCCGUUUAUGAUGAAUAUUGAAGGAACCGAAGGACAUAAGAAGGUUUUUGCCUCGGGAGACGGAAUUAAAGGAGGAAUGGUGAACGAGAAGAUAGAUUUCAUGGUGGACGCCCGCACUGCCGGCCGGGGCAAGCUGACUGGGAAGCUUACCGGAGUCAAAUAUCACACUGAUGUAGAAGUCAUUGACUUGAAGGACGGGAGGUACGCAUGUCACUACUUGGUACCACAGGCUGGGGCUUAUGUCCUCUCACUAAUGUGGAAUGGACAGCACAUACCUAACAGUCCUUAUAAGGUCACUAUCAGAGAAGCACAAGCUAUGAGCGCCAAAAGUUGUUUUGUUGAAGGGAGCAUGCUCAAGGAGGGCACUGGAGCCACAGUGGGCCAAGCCAUGGGGUUCAGCAUCAACAGCAAAGAUGCAGGCCCAGGGCAACUGUAUGUCCGCUGUCAAGGACCCACAAAGGACUGUGAUUGCACAGUGUUCGACAACAAGGAUUCUACUUAUCAAGUACAAAUCUUUCCUUCCGAAGUUGGGAACCAUCUCGUGUAUGUGGAGUGGGGAGGAAGACCUGUACAUGGAAGUCCCUUUUUGGUACGCGUGGGACAGCCCCCUGAUCCCAGUAAAGUUCGUGUGUACGGUCCUGGUUUGGAGAACGGAUUGCUACGAAAUUUCAAGGGUGAAUUCCUGGUAGAAACCAAAGGUGCUGGUCCGGGAACACUUAAGAUCAGAAUCCAUGGACCCAGAGGGGCCUUCAAAGUGGAGAUGUACCGGGACACAUCAAAGGAGCGUUCUAUUGGAGUGCGAUACAACCCCACAGAGGCGGGGCGGUACAUUAUUAACAUCAAAUGGGCCGAUCAGCAUAUACCCGGAAGUCCUUUUGAUGUCACGAUAGUUGAAACAAGAGACGAACUUGAAUCGCUUAAUGAAUUGAAGGACAAUGCAGUUCUAUUUCAACAAAGGGAUGCUAGAUUAUAGGAGACUGGUAGCUAGUAAUUUUUAAACCUGUACCCAACCUUUUCUCGGUCAGUUAUUCCCAAGAUGGCGACCGUAAGGCUGAAAACUCCGCAUUUUGAAUCAUCUCGAUCUAUCAAUCUGACCUAUAACUGCUAAAUUUUUUUGUUAUUUUAGUCGGUGCUAGGUGGUCGAUCUAUGGAGACAGUGUAAGUCUGGGAGGGAAAAAAUGGCGUGCUUUCACAGACUUCAUGGCUUUCUCUCGCACGUUGUUUUCGAUUCCACCGACUUAGAGUCUGGCAUAUGCUGAUUUCUUUUUCAAUUAUUGCAGUUGUCACAUAUCGGUGUUAGCAGUUAUUGAUUUAAAAACUUAGAGCAGGGGGGAGGGGAGGGUAGUUGGAGAGGCUGAGUAAAAAAUGCGGUCUUUUUGUCGGUGAAUAUUCAAAAUUAUUAUCCAACUGCACAAAGUAGAAUACAAAUAACGCGCGAACAGAGUGCAAAUAUCCUGCGAUAUUGUACGGUUAUUUGGACAGUAGGUUAUUUUGCACUGUAAAAAAACCUGUUUAACCAGUUGGCUGCGCGCGCUACGCUUCUCUAUCCGCUUUGCUUUUCCCGUGUGAUGAGAAAUGAUCAGAAGAACUUAGCAGAAAAAAAAAGCAGUUGGUUAAUAAAUAGUUUCUUAGACGUUUUGGUUCGUAGUAUCGCUGAGUAUUUUUAAAAGUUGUGCCACAUGGGCGAGUAAAAUUCCAAACAACGAGUAAAAAUACUCGGCGAUACUACACAUCAAAACGUCUCAUAACAUAUAUGUAUUUAUGGAUACAUAGCCUGCUUUCGUGAGUGUCGAGGUUAAUGCCUGUUUUCUAAGCAAUUCCGCUGAGUAUGCGGUAUGAACCUUUGUAUUACGUCGUAAUCACUGACCUUGCCAUUGGCGGGCUGAAGACAACAUCAUUUUGAUUGACAGAAUUUUGGAUUGAUAUGGUUUACCUGGGUUUCCUAAAGGCACUGGGCGUGUUUACAGUUACCCAUAGUGAAUGUUUGGAGGAGCACGAUAUUUUUUUAAAUUCUCGGAAUUGGUAUUGGAAUAUCAUACACACAACUACUGUAUUUACUCUCAACUCAUGAAAAAAUGCUCAAUCGUACCUGCACAGACUAAAAUGGGCACGAAUAAAAACAGAUCUUAGAUCUGAAGGGGUGUAUUUUGAUGUUCGUCAGCCAAAUUUAAAUAGUCCUAUUUAAGGUAACCAUUCGAUAUUUAUAUGGUACUUUGGUUAGAUUUAAUCUACUGGUUUAAAAUAGAUAUGCUGAUAUGGUUUUAGUACGAUAGCAGUAAACACGGGUGCGUAAUUUCAAGGUUAAUCAAACCUAAUUUAUCAAUGUGUAUUGCACAUAACUACAUACUGUGCAACCAAAAAUAUUCGUUAAUUUUGUAGUUUGUUUUAAUUGUUUUAAUUGUUUCAUCUAUCUUAAACAACCAGGAUUGAGUAUUUACAUAUUUUAGAACUUUUGGAAGAGUUUACCUCGAUUAUGUUUUGACGGGCUUGAAAAGCAUAAUUCUCACUAUAUUUAAACCUAAUACUAAAAGUUUCCUCGCAAAGGUGGAGGAAAAAAGAAAAAAAAAACAAACAAAAAUAUCAAGUUAGAGACGUGGAAGGAAUCUAGGUGAUCCAGGGUAAGAUUAAUAUUUUCAAAAGGUAGUGUGUAUUUUAUUUUUAGUCAGGGCAUGGUGUGAGCUUGCAGAGAUUGGAAGCAGCAUAGAAAUCUUUUACUACCGUUGUAGGGGUUGAGCUGCAGCAGAGUGGAGUGAACUUCCCAUAAUGAUAGCCGAUGGAUCGAGUAGAAAUUCCAGCAGAAGGCUGUCCUUUUCUACAUCGAUACAUUUUAAGGUUUUUAGCUAGAUUUUUUCCUUAUGUGUAAAUAAAAGUCUAUUUUGGCCA